UUUUGGAGGCAAGUGACUACUGUUACUGGCACAGUACAAUUCCCAUCUCAGGAGAGAAUAUGGGCCUCAACCUCCAAGCCAGAAACUGAAGGUCCCCAAGGGGAAAGGCACAGGCUUUGAUCAGAUGGUUGGUUGUUACUUCUAAUCUUGGGCUUGUAUAGGCUCACAGAAGAAACAACAGGAUCCAUCUUCCUCGUCUCUUGCGCAUGAUCAAGGCUACGCGUGGCUUCCGAAUUUUGCCACGACGGCCUUUUCCCUGUGGCCUCCACGUUUUUGUAUACGUGUACUGUCUUCUGGUGAUGGCGAUUGCUACCUCACCGAAGAAACAAUUCAGCAAAAUCGGCUAUAGACGAUAAUACUUCCUGGUUGUCACGUUGCUAGAUAGCCAGCUUCAGCUCGAUAAGCGAAAGAAAUGUCUGAUGCUUCAAAAUCUCUGUUAUUCUCUUCAGAUACUGUGAGAGAUAUAUUGUUAUGGAGGAGAAAGAAGCUGAGUUUAUUGGUUCUUAUAGCCGCAACAGCUGCAUGGGUAUUGCUGGAUGUCUAUGAAUUCAACUUCAUCACUAUUGCUUCAUGGGCAACCAUGGUUAUUAUCAGCUUACUGUUCCUCUAUGGCAACUUGGUUAGGCUUUUUGGCAAAGAAGAGCCAAAUUUGUCUGGUUUUUUGGAAGUUCCGGAGCAGACAGCGAUAGAUACAGCAAAAUCAUUAAAAGAAAUGAUUGAAGUUGGUAUUCGAUGGAUGUUCGAGUUGAGUGCUGCAGAGAAAGACUGGUUUGUUUUUGCUAGAGUAGUUGCCUUAUUGUGGCUGCUUUCUCUUGUAGGGAGCUGCUUCGAUCUCUUAACACUUUCAUACAUAGUUAUAUUGGUGGGGAUGACGGUUCCAGUGAUUUACAUGAAGUAUGAGGAACGGAUAAAGGGAGGUGGAGAGUGGAUGAAACAGCAGGCAAGAAGAUUUUCUGUGAUGGUGGACGAUAAGGUGUGGAAGAAAGUGAAAAACAAAUUUCACCGUGUCGAUAAGGCUGAAGAAAAAGAGAAGAAGGUUGAACACGAUAAGGCUGAAGAAAAGGAGACGAAGAUUGAAUAGAUUUACUGUUUCUGUUUUUGCCAUUAGAAUCUUCAAUAUCAACGCCUUGUACAUGAUGUACAUUAGUACUACUACAGAAUGUAAUGAAUAAUAUCCUCUUCCCAGGUUUGGAAACAGACAUUCUUAAUGUGCUGCCAGAGAAUGGGGCAAAACGAGUAAAAUUUAUAAGUAAAACAAUGUGCGAAGAAAUAAUCAAAUUGGAUCCGUGGCGCAAUGGUAGCGCGUCUGACUCCAGAUCAGAAG